AUGUACGAGUUGGUGCGUGUAGGUUACAAUGAGCUGGUAGGAGAGAUCAUUCGUCUUGAAGGUGACAUGGCCACCAUCCAGGUAUACGAAGAAACAUCAGGUGUAACAGUCGGUGACCCCGUACUCCGUACCGGCAAACCCUUGUCCGUAGAGCUGGGUCCCGGUAUCUUGGGCUCCAUCUUUGACGGUAUCCAGCGUCCCCUGAAGGACAUCAACGAGCUUACCCAGUCUAUCUACAUCCCAAAGGGUGUGAACGUGCCUUCUUUAGCUCGUGAUGUCAACUGGGAAUUUAACCCACUGCACGUCAAAGUCGGGUCUCACAUCACCGGAGGAGAUCUGUACGGUAUCGUCCACGAGAACACUUUGGUGAAACACAAGAUGUUGGUGCCGCCCAAGGCUAAGGGUACCGUCACAUACGUGGCGCCCUCAGGCAACUACAAAUGCACUGACGUGGUGCUGGAGACGGAGUUCGACGGCGAGAAGGCGUCGUACACGAUGCUGCAGGUGUGGCCGGUGCGGCAGCCGCGGCCCGUCACGGAGAAGAUGCCGGCCAACCACCCGCUGCUCACCGGACAGCGCGUGCUCGACUCGCUCUUCCCGUGUGUGCAGGGUGGUACCACAGCCAUCCCCGGAGCCUUCGGUUGCGGCAAGACUGUCAUCUCACAGGCUCUGUCCAAGUACUCCAACUCUGAUGUCAUCAUCUACGUCGGAUGCGGCGAGCGUGGUAACGAGAUGUCUGAAGUAUUGCGGGACUUCCCCGAGCUGACGGUGGAGAUCGAAGGAGUUACAGAGUCCAUCAUGAAGCGUACUGCGCUGGUCGCCAACACCUCCAACAUGCCUGUAGCCGCCCGAGAGGCUUCCAUCUAUACCGGUAUCACCCUAUCCGAGUACUUCCGUGACAUGGGUUACCACGUGUCCAUGAUGGCUGACUCCACGUCCCGUUGGGCCGAGGCUCUGCGUGAGAUCUCGGGUCGUCUGGCUGAGAUGCCGGCCGACUCCGGGUACCCCGCGUACCUGGGCGCUAGGCUCGCCUCCUUCUACGAGCGAGCUGGACGCGUCAAGUGUUUGGGCAACCCCGACAGGGAAGGUUCCGUAUCCAUCGUGGGUGCCGUAUCGCCCCCUGGUGGUGACUUCUCCGACCCUGUAACUGCCGCCACCCUGGGUAUCGUGCAAGUGUUCUGGGGCUUGGACAAGAAGCUGGCCCAGAGGAAGCACUUCCCCUCCAUCAACUGGCUCAUCUCCUACAGCAAGUACAUGCGUGCGCUUGAUGACUUCUAUGACAAAAACUACCCCGAGUUCGUACCUCUCCGAACCAAGGUCAAGGAGAUCCUCCAAGAAGAAGAAGACUUGUCAGAAAUCGUGCAGUUGGUCGGUAAGGCUUCCCUGGCCGAGACUGACAAGAUCACCCUCGAGGUCGCCAAGCUACUCAAGGACGACUUCCUACAACAGAACAGCUACUCAGCAUACGACAGAUUCUGUCCGUUCUACAAGACAUGCGGCAUGUUGAAGAACAUCAUCUCGUUCUACGACAUGUCGCGUCACGCCGUCGAGUCCACGGCGCAGUCUGACAACAAGGUCACCUGGAACGUCAUCCGCGACGCCAUGGGCAACGUGCUCUACCAGCUCUCCUCCAUGAAGUUCAGGGACCCCGUAAAAGACGGAGAAGCUAAGAUCAAGGCAGAAUUCGACCAACUGCUAGAGGACAUGUCCGCCGCCUUCCGCAACCUCGAAGACUAA